CCCGCCCCGAGAUGCCCUGCGCGGCGCUGCGCGAGGUUUCCCGGGCAACAGCUCAACAGCUCCGGGAGCGUCCGCAGUAUUUUGCAUUAUGACUUCUCAAGAGAAGACAGAGGAGUAUCCUUUUGCUGAUAUAUUUAGUGAAGAUGAGAUUGAAAGACAUUUUUUAUUGUCCAAACCUGUUUGCUUUGCUAUAUUUGGAAAACCAGGAGUUGGGAAGACAACAUUAGCCAAUCAGAUUGCACAAACAUGGAAAUGUAUUCGUGUUGAAGCAUUACCAGUUUUGGAAGAACACAUUGCUGCCGAAAACGAAUUAGGAAGUAUGUUGAAAUCGAUGCUGUUCAACGGUCAAAGCAUUCCAGAUGAACUUGUCAUCAAGCUAAUACUGGAGAAGAUCAACUCGCCAGAAGUGUCUCACUUUGGUUAUAUCAUCACAGAAAUACCAUCACUUUCUCAGGACGCCAUGACUACUUUGCAGCAGAUAGAAUUAAUUAAAAACUUAAAAUUCAAGCCUGAUGUUAUAAUCAAUAUUAAGUGCCCUGACUAUGAUUUAUGCCAAAGAAUUUCUGGACAAAGACAGCACAGUAGUACGGGGUACAUAUAUACUAGAGACCACUGGGAUCCUGAAGUUAUCGAGAGUCGUAGGAAAAAGAAGAAAGAAUUACAAAAAGAAGGAAAAGGAGAAGAUGAGGGAGAAGAGGAAGAGGAACAAGAAGAAGAAGAGGCGUUUAUUGCUGAAAUGCAGAUGGUGGCUGAAAUUCUUCAACACCUGGUUCAGAGGCCUGAGGAUUAUUUGGAAAAUGUUGAGAACACUGUUAAACUUUACAAGGAAACAACUCUUCAGGUUUUGGAAGAAGUAAUGGCUGAGCACAACCCCCAGUAUCUCAUUGAGCUCGAGGGAAAUAAGCCACCAGAGGAGCUCUACAUGACAGUUUUAGAACGACUUAAACAUCUGAACCUGAGAAGAGCAGCUAUUAUAACCAAACUUCAGAGUGCAGAAGAAGAAAUUGACAUAAUGGAAAAUGAGGAGCUGCUCCGAGUCCUCGCAUCCUAUAAAAUGAUUGCACCGAGAUACAGGUGGCAGAGGAGCAGAUGGGGCCGGGCCUGUCCUGUUGCUUUAAAAGAUGGAAACAUAUAUCCAGGAUUACCAGAUUUUUCUGUGAGUUUUUUAGGUAAAUUGUACUGCCUUUCAUCAGAAGAAGCUUUAAAAGCAUUUUCAUUGAAUCCACGAUGCUAUCUUCUUCCUCCCAUGCCAGCACCACCGUGCAAAGUAGUCGUAUGUGGACCUCAGCGCGCUGGGAAAACAACACUUGCCAAUUUGAUUGCAGAACAUUACAAAGGGAAGGUAGUUGACUAUAGCACACUUGUUCAACCACGUUUUGAAAAAGCCCGUGAGAUGUUAAUAGAAAAUACGAUUACUGAAGCCACCGAAGCAGCUAUUAGAACUGUAAAAGAAAGACUUCUAGCAGAACUACAAGCUAAAAUUCAAGCUGAGACAACUUUAAGAGAAUUUCAAAAACACUUUGGAAGAAAAGAGUUGGAAGAGUUUUCAGAAUUGCAUUCCUCGUUCGGUGAAGAAGCUUCCAUUCAUGAUAGCCUUUUAGAGGAAGCUGAAGAAGCCAAAACGAAGUCAGAAAAUAUCCUCGAUGACCAAGGUGCGAAUAUUGAUGAAGACGAUGAAAAAGAUAUCAGUGAAACAUCCACAUUUAAAAGGAGUUCUCAAGAUCUGAAGACAUAUUCAGACAAAGCCCCAGUAGAAGAUUCAGUAGAAGUCACUGCUAAUCAUCCAGCAGUUAUUGCCAUACUUGAGGAGACUAUAAAAACAACUAAAGACUUGAACUUUGAACAGCCUUAUGAAAAACAUGCUGAAAUCUUGGAGGAAGUCCUCAGGGAGGUAAUGGAGGAAAAUCAGAAUAGAUUUCCUGGUGCCCCAAAGUAUGGAGGAUGGAUCCUGGACAACUGCCCUAUUGCAAAAGAACUGUGGCUAGUCUUAGCAGAGAGAGGACUGGUACCAGAUUUGAUCGUCUAUUUAUCGGAUUUCGAAAACAACGGAAAAUGUUUAUAUAAUAGAAUAUAUUUGAAGAAUAAAUCUGAAAUUGAUGCUAAGAUUUUAGAAAGAUUAAUAGGUGAUAUACGAAAGAAAAAAAGAGAAGAAGCAGCAGCAAGAAAAGCCAAGGAAGAAGCAUUGAGAAUAGAAGAAGAAAACCGAAGGCUGAUUAAUGCUAUGAAUGAGAAAGCAAAAGAGAUUGAUGAGGGUGAUAAUGAGGAGGAAGAUGAGGUUGAAGGUGAAUAUUCUGAAGUCCAUGAGGAGUCAGAGGCUCCUUACAGGUCCAAGGAGACCAGAGGAUCCUUGCCAGAAGAGUCUGACACCCAGGAAAUAGAACCUGAGUCAGUUUCCAAGCGUACUGAGGAUGCUACAGUUGAAAAACAAAUUCCAGAAAGAUCCAAAGAGAGCCUGGAGGAAUUAGGUGAAACAGUUGUAUUACCAGAGUUCCCAGAAGAUGCGUACCCUGAUGUUCCUGAAAUGGAGCCAUUUAAAGAGAAAAUUAAUUCCUACGGCUUCCUGUGGAAACAGCUGGAAUCAUUGUUCCAUGAAUCUUUCAUUCAAAUUUUAUACUUAGACAUUGCCAGCAAGACUCCAAAGGAACUCCUUCAAAAAGUAGUUGAGACUAUGGAAAAAUCUUUCCAAUACACUGGCUGGGAGUUAACUGUGGACGAUUAUGAUGAAGAAGCAGAAGACUAUCAGGCCGAAGCCGAAGUUGAAGAGGAGCUGGAGGAGGAGGAAGAGGAGGAGGAAGAGAAUGAAGACAGAAUUAAAGAGAAGAGGAGGCAUUUGGGCGAUACAAAGCACUUUUGUCCAGUGGUUCUCAAAGAAAACUUCAUCCUACACCCAGGCAACGUAGAAGAAGCAGUGAAAUACCGAGACAAGAUCUACUACUUCUCAAGUGCAGAGGCUAAAGACAAGUUCCUGGAGCGCCCCGAGGACUACGUGGCUCAUGAGGAACCACUGAAGGCCCCUCCGUUGAGAAUCUGCCUCCUGGGCCCCCGAGGCGCCGGCAAGACUGUGUGUGGCAGGCAGGCGGCAGAGAAAUUCGGCCUCUUCCACAUCCAGUUUGACGAAGUUCUUCAAGAGAAACUGCUGCUCAAAAUCGAAAAAAGAGUGGGACCUGAAUUUGAGGAAGAUUUGGAGGAGGAGCAGGCUGCAAAACAGGAGCUGGAGGAGCUGGCGAUGCAGGCCAAUGUCACCCUCGAGGAAGAAAAAACAAAGCAGCAGCCUCCCGACAUACACCUUACAGAAGAAGAAGAAGCAAUCAAAACGAGCCUAAUGGAAAACGAGCCGUUGCCUUCUGAAAUUCUUGAAGCAAUUCUUUCCGAAUGGUGGUUUAAGGAACCCAUACGUUCUACAGGCUUCAUACUUGACGGUUUCCCACGCUAUAUAGAAGAGGCCCAGUUUCUUGGGGAACAUGGAUUUUUCCCAGAUGCUGCGGUUUUUAUACAAGUGGAUGAUCAAGAUAUUUCUGAUCGCCUCCUUCCUUCCCAAAUUAAAAAGUGGAAACUGAAACAACAGAAGAAAUUCGAAAGGAAAAAACUCAUCAAGGACAUGAAGGCAAAAAUCAGGGCAGAUAUGAUUGCUAAAAGACGGGCUGAACUCGUGUCCGACAGAGAGAGGAGGAGGCGAGGGGAGAUGGGUCUGAGGGAAGAUGAGGACGUAAGCGAGGAGGAGCCUGAGGACGAAGAAGACGACAUUGAGAACAUCCUCGAGGAGGAGUUCCCGAAAGACGAGGAAGAGAUGAGUGAGGAAGACGAAGAACAGGAAACCGAGGCAGUGGAGCGCCUGAAAAGUGAACUGGGAGAGAAAUUUGAGAGCGACUUAAACAACGCACAGAUGAUCCAGGAAGAAUUUGAGAAGUUUUUGAUCCCAAUCAUUCUCAUUAAUGGAUCUCGGAAAAUCCACAUUGUACAGUAUAUGCUGAAUAUGAAGCUAAAGUCCCUGGUGGAGACUCGUGAGAGCAUCUUUGAGAAGUGCUACCCGAUACCGCUGCACCUUGCUCAGAAGAUGCUCGCCUUCACCUACAGGCACAUGAGCUCUUUUGGCUACUGGGACCCUGUGAAGCUGAGUGAAGGAGAGACAAUCAAGCCAGCUGAAAAUGCAGAGAGCCCAAUUUACCCUAUAAUCCAUCGCCAGUAUAUUUACUUUUUGUCUAGUAAGGAAACUAAAGAAAAGUUUAUGAAAAACCCCAUCAAAUAUAUCCGCCAACCCAAACCUAAACCCACCGUACCCAUUCGGAUUGCAAUUGUGGGGCCUCCGAAAUCUGGAAAAACCACAGUGGCCAAAAAAAUUGCAGAUGAAUACGGCUUAAAGCGCUUGUCUAUGGGAGAAGCUCUGCGGUCCGUGUUAAACUACCACCAAGAAGCAGAGCUGGCCCUUAUGCUGAACUGGCAUCUCUACAAAGGCAUGGCAGCACCGGACGAACUGGCCAUUCAGGCCUUGGAACUGUCUCUGAUGGAAAGUGUGUGCAAUACAGCGGGUGUCGUCAUCGAUGGGUACCCUGUAACUCCACACCAAAUGAACCUCUUGGAAGCCAGGUCAAUCAUUCCCAUGAUCAUCUUUGAGUUGGAUGUGCCUUCCAAAGAGAUUUUCAAAAGGCUGAUCCUGGCUAAAAAAAUGGAGCAGAGUUUCCCGUAUCCAUUGCACAACAGUGCACAAAUUAUAGCUGUCAAAAAUGCAAAGUACCGCAAAAAUGUUGGCGAGAUUCGGCAAUAUUACCAGCAGCAGCACCGAAACUGGUGUGUGAUUGAUGGAUUUCACAGCAAAUGGUGGGUGUGGAAUGAAGUCAUGAAGAAUAUUCAAAUGGUGAACAAUUACAUGCAAACAUACCUGGAAAGAAUAAAAGCAGGAAAAGCCGCCUGCAUUGACAACCUAUGCAUCACACCUCAAGACCUGGUUUCUCGCCUGGGGGAAUUUGGACAGUUCUGCCCCGUCAGCCUGGCAGAAGCCAAUGAACUGUUUGACUGCUCUGUAAAUGAAUCCUUGGAAUUUGCAGCAGAGUUCCGAGGGCACUAUUAUAAAAUGCAUUCGCGGGAAAAACUACAGCAAUUCUUGGCAAACCCAGAAUUGUACGUGCCUCCCUUAGCGCCGCACCCUCUCCCACCCGCUGACAUGAUCCCCAAGAGGCUGACACUGUCCGAGCUGAAGCGCAGGUUCCCUAAGUGUGCCGAGCUCCAGGGCUACUGUCCGGUGACCUAUCAGGAUGGAAAGCAAAGAUACGAAGCUCUGGUUCCUGGUAACAUUAACCACGCUGUAGAAUACCGCGAUCGCAUCUAUAUUUUUGAGACUAAAGAAAAGCUCGAGAAAUUUCUGAGGUCACCACAGAAGUACUGGGACCAGAAGCUUCCACACAAGCUGCCCCCGCUGAAGCAGCCCAUCUCUCUCACCAGCCUGCCUCUGCCUGGAUACCUGGAGCAGGGUAUCGCCACCUCUCUGAUUAAAGCAAUGAAUGCAGUAGGAUGCUUAAAGCCCAAAUUCCCCUUCUUAAGUGUGAGGAGGUCUGCGCUGCUAUAUAUAGCAUUUCAUCUAAAAGCAUUUAACCCCAAAGGCUCUGAGUAUACAAGAAGGAAGUACAAGAAGAAGAUGGAGCAGUUUGUAGAGAGAUGUGAACUCAUAACAUACCUGGGUGCCAAGAUGACCAAAAAAUACAAGGAACCGCAGUUCCGAGCCAUUGACUUUGAUCACAAGUUACAGACGUUCCUCUCACUCAGAAAUAUAGACCCUGUUAAUGGAUAG